GUCUGCUGGGUCGACAACUACUAAAAUCUUCCAUGAUCCAAAAUUAUCAAGUUGCAUGUCUGGCGGCGCAGAUGUAGCCGUUGUACAUCGAGCAUUCCAAUAUGGCAUGCUAGGACAAAGAAACAGUGAGGCGACAGAAGAGUCUUGGUCUUUGUACCACGCGGAUGACACGCGUGAGUAUCGAUUGAUAUGUCGUCGGUUGGUAGACGAGAACGUGGAUAAAUACGAUCUCGUGAUGAAAGGGGGCAGUAGACGAGGCAGCGAAGCUGGUCAGCCCAAGAAUGUGGCCAUCACCAAAACAGAUCUUGCCGAAAAACACGAAGACGGAAAUUCAGCAGAGAUGCAGCGGAAGACAACGAAAUUGGAGAAUCACGUCUUGCAUUCGUCAUCCCUUCAGCCAAGUGGUAGAAUAAGACGUGAUCAGACCAAGAAUUGUGCCGCUCCAAAUACACACUAUGGUUAUUAUGAUCACUUCAUCUCUAAUGUUAAUAUGCUAUGGGGAUAGUUCUUCAAGGAAGUAGUGCUGUAUGAUUCAAUAAUAAAUUAAAGCUCAGCAUUCACUGGUCACUGACUCUGAACGGAAGAGAUCCCCUUCAAAGCUCUCCCCUUUCCCCUCGUUUUCCCCUGUCCUCUCAAGGAAGGGGUCGCCUCUUCGAUCUCAGUGACCAACUCCGAUGACCCUUGAAAGUUGAGCCUUAAUUAAAGGGAUGCGUGAUCUGCAUGUGCUUGAUGAAGGAGCGCCCGCUAGUAGGAUGCGUUGUCGUGGACAUCUCUAAAGACGCUUGCCCGCUGCAGUAGAAGAGUUCAUUCUGCAACCUUGUCACGCUGUUUUGUUUUCGCCGCUUCUAGUGUACAUCGAACGCUGCAUUGACACUGUGUGUGAACAGAGCGCGAUUGACGUGAGUUUUUUCUUGGCAUCCGCGGCGCUCACAACAAGAUGUCGCUAUUUAUUACGCCUCGUCAUGCAGAAGGUGGGGCUAGGAACUGUUUGGGAACGGCAAAAACGCAAGGUUUUCACCUUGUGGAUUGCACAGUUGAUGCAUUUCCCACACUUGGACACAGAGCUUCCGGGUCGCUGCCUCACUGAGGGAUUGAGGCACUGGACACUAUUUCGAACCAACAAUCAAGAAAUAGCAGAGGAAUUCGCUACAGUUCUGAAAAGAGUUCUACAGGACCACCUGGCGGGUAAUUAUUCAAAUGCGAUUGGCGCUUCCAAUGUUCCGAUUGAAACACAACGACCCACGGGCACAAAAAGGGAAGAAAAAGGAGAACAAGAACGUGGUAGAAACAAACCGUCCGACGCGAGCGAAAGUUCUCUGGCCACAUUGGAUCGCUUUCUCGGUCGCUACGAUGAGAUCGUUCUCGAUUACUAUUUUGAGGAUUCGCCGUACAGCGUUGAUAUCUUCUUGCCGCGGCAAAGGCUGGGUAUAGUUUUCACGAACGAGGUAAGUAGAAAUUCCAUCGCAGGACGUCGCUUGCCCGUCGGCGGUCAUCGACUCCAAGCACUUCAUAUCGCGGAUCGCGGUUACAAGUUGGCCGUUGUCUCCACGUCUCAGUGGAGAGCACUAUGUGAAAAUGAAGAGCCUGAAGUUGGAGAUUCCGGUUUCGUGCUUGAGAAUUUUGUCCGCUGUCUCGCGCGCGACUGGAACAUCGUAUCCUAGAACCUGAACGGGAAAGCGCGCUGGUGCUGGAGGUAAGUAGGAUGCUGGUAUGGAGGCAGAUUCAAAUCAUUCCACGCGCUCGCGUCUUUCAUGUUCCUGUUCCUCUGAGCAAAAAACGCACAAAAUCUAAUGACCUUGUUCUUACCAAAAACUUCAUGCUACAUAUCAGUUCAUGGAAGAAGAUACGCUUUUAUUAUCAUUGAUACGCAGAACUAUCGAUCCUGUUUUUCCAUCGUUCUCCGUGUUUUGGCAUACACCAGGUGGUCGCAGCAUCGCAGUGGAACUAUGUAUUUAUAAUUAGAAUGCUAUUGCCUCUGUCAUUGAUAUAUGUGCAUAGACUCGACCGUUUGUCUACUUGCAUGACGACAAUGAAAGCAAUGCCAAUCGCUUUAGUGAAAGGAAUUUAAAGGAAAAGAAAUAAUGCAGAUGAUCAUAAAAUUCUGUCGAUCGGCGUGUGUUGGAGAUUCUUGACGAUCAGCACUGUUGAGCUGUUCUAAUGGGAAUAGGACACGGACCACAAAGCAAAAUUCUAAAGGAUCGCUUUUAAUAUGCAGCAGCGAUCAUGUGCCUGUGCGACAAUUCGGA